ACAAACAAAACAACAAAUAAAAUGGUUUUUAAUGUUUAUAUUAUUUUUGUUGAUUGAAAACAAGUGACGGAUUUGUUGUGACCACUGAUGUGACACUUAAUUGUCUUCACGCAUACAUCUGUCAUCAUCUGCACAAACAUUUUGAUCCAAUUUUCAUCCAAAUAUCACCCGACAAACAGUCAUAUGAAGUGUCAUUCAAGUGAACUAUGAUUUGUCCCUCAAAUCGGUGUUGAAGUGACUUUUGUGACCAAUUGGUGGCCAUUAUUGUUGUCGAUAUCACUCUUCUGUUGAUAAUAUCAUUGUAUUGUUUGUGUUCAUUCAGUGACAAUGUCUGGUUUUGCCUCACAAACGUUGGAGAAGAAGUUGUCUGAUUUGAAUAACUCUCAGCAAUCAAUUCAAACGUUAUCACUUUGGCUGAUCCAUCACCGCAAACAUCAUAAGGCCAUUGUUCAGACGUGGUUUUCUGAACUUAAGAAGGCUAAAGCGUCGCGAAGACUGACAUUCAUGUAUUUGGCAAACGAUGUCAUUCAGAAUAGCCGUAAAAAAGGUCCCGAAUUUUCAAAAGAAUUUGGAGUUGUUCUCAAAUUGGCCUUUGAAUCCGUGGCUAAAGAUUCAGACGACAAGACCUUGUCUUCACUCGACAGGAUAUUAACCAUUUGGGAACAGAGGACUAUCUAUGAUGCGAAUGACAUCAUCUCAUUUAAGUCUGCCCUCACUCUCAGGAAGAAUCAACAGAUAAAUGAUAAAGAUGUUAAUAACACUAAUAAGACAAAUGACACAAAAACCUCUUUGGAUAAUAAAGUGGACACAAAAAUGACACAAAAACGAUCGGAAGAGCGUAAGAAAGAGAACCACAAGAGCUCUAAGAAUAACAAACACGAAAAGGGGGAAAAAGAAUCCAAAAAGCGUUCAAAUGAUUCAAAAGACACGAACGCCGCGAAAAAGAAGGCAACAAAUGAUUCAAAAAACUCGGUUUCCUUUAAGAAAAAAGUGGUAACAUUUGAGACUUUGAUGAAGUCGUCGACAAAAAAUGAUGAACCAGUUCUCAGUAGUGGACCAAUUGUUGACCCGGAAGCACUUAUUAAAGCCUUACAGCAGUUGGAAAAUUCUGCCUCAGCUGAUGCCGGUGUCCGACAAAAGAUUGCAAGUCUUCCGACCGAAGUUUUUGACGCGACUUUAUUAGAGAAAAUUCGUGAUAAAUUGUCUGCCGAACGACUGACCAAACUGGUCGAUGAGGCCCGGGUUCUAUUGGCUGACUAUAACGCACGGUUGGCACAGGAACUGGAAGAUAGAAAACAAAUAUCAUUAUUAUUAAAGAAUUACACACAAAAUCAAAGGUAUGCGCUGUCAUUAACUGAACAAAAGCUCAACGAAUUCAAAGACAAACUCCGGAAAGUUAUUCACGUGAGGAAUGAGCUAAAGUCUCAUCUCCAGAAUUUGCCUGAUUUGAGUCGAUUGCCAUCAGUGACUGGUUUGGCACCACUUCCCUCAGCGUGCGAUCUCUUUAAUGUUGCACGUGAUAACAUGAUGGGAGUCAACACUGCCGGCUCUGUUAGCUCAUCCGUAUCGCCUAAUGAAAGCAAUGCAUCGCCCAUUGAUUUCGGGACACCCGGCAGUAAUACCAGUUAGUAGCUAAAACAACAAUUAUCAUUUAAAAACAAAUUAUACAGUAAAU